AGUUAUUAGAAUCAAAUGCGUCACUAGGUAACCUGUUGCUUCACAGUCCUUCUAAAGGAUGGAGAGUGUUUCAUGAAAUUAUUUUUAUUAUAAUACGAGAAAUGGAGUGGCUACCAGCUACCACUUUAGCAUCACCAAACCAGCUACUGUUACUAAUUAGACUCUCCUCUCUUCCUGCCUUUCCACCGUAUCAUGUAUCUCAUGUAUGUGAGUUGCAGUCUGCUAUGGAUGAAGGAGAGGGACAGUUUAUAUCAUGUACUGGUAUUGUAACUAGUAUCACUAAUAUUGAGAAAUAUACUGAAAGUGCUUGUUAUUACUGUCCUAAUUCUUCAUGUACAUCUGAUCCACACAUACGCUAUCAUUCAGUUGGCUCUUAUGAAUACAACACUAUAAAUGAUAAUUUGAAGUGUCAUUAUUGUGGACUGAUUUUAAUUGAAGAUGUUAAACAAAGAAUAUUAUCAGAUAAGUUAUUAAUAUCACUGGUGCCUACUGAUGUAUUGUAUCCUGUUAGUGGCUCAAGCUAUCAAGGAUUUACUGUUAUACUUAGAGAUGAUUUGUGCUCAAUGGUAGAGAUUGGUGGUGAAUAUACAGUUAUUGGUGUUGCAAUUAAUAAUAAUAAUAGUACUAAUAAUGGAAGGAUUACUGUUGACACUGUAAUAGAGGCUAACAAUGUUUAUAAGACAUUAAAUGAUUCUACUAACAAACAAUUGUCUCCUAAUAUUCUACAGAUAUUUAAUGGUUGUCAAUAUUCAAGGUGGUCAUUUCCAGCUAUACUUGCUUACUAUUUCGCAUCUGAUGUUGUACCCCUGGGUCUUUAUUACAGAUUGAAGUUAAUCAUAUUACUUAGUCUCGUAGCUUGUAGUGAACCAAGAAACAGGAUAAUUGAUGUAUUGCUUAUUAUUGACAAUGAUUCACAAUACAUAGCAAGACAAUUGUUAACAUAUUCAUCUACUGUUACUAAUAAUAGAUCAUCUGCUGUUACUAAUAAUAGAUCAGUAAUACAUACUGUUAAUGGAGGGGUACAUUUGAAUGGUACAAUUAGAAGAGAUGAAGGACUAGAAUGGAUUGAUGCUGGUAGUUUGAUAUUAUCAAAAGGUGGCAUUUGUUUUAUUGACAAUAUUAAUAGUAUGAAGAAAGAUGAGAAGGAACAACUGCAGCAAGUUCUUGAGUCCGGGUACAUUACAAUACAUUCAAACAGGAAGUCAAUCAGCAGUUCAUCAUUGACAGUACCUCUUAACUGUACACUCUGGCUCUUGUGUGACUCUAAUCUCAACACUGAUCAUGUCAUGCAUAAACCUUUACAUGAACUGUCUGGUACAUGUGCAAGUAAAUCUUUGAUGGAUCACUCUGGCUUAUUAUUACUUGUUGAUUCUUCUGAUGAUUAUGUUGAUCAAAUCAUGUCUGCUUAUCUGAUUAAUAAAGUAACAAGGGACAGAAGCUUAUCAACUCAUCCACACCCUCUUUUAACAAAUGAUGAAAUAAUUGAGAUACUUUCAUUUUGUUCCAGUAUUGAUGUUACUUUACAAUCAGAUGCUCAUCAGUUAUUAACUAGUUAUUUUGUUGCUAGUAGGAGACUCAGAGGUAGCGACACUCCUCUCACUGCACUGAAUACACUUAUAUCAUUGUCAGUAUCUCAUGCUAAGUUAAAUUUACAGACUAAAGCUACAGUCAAUGAUUCAUUGUUAUCAAUAUUAAUAUAUGAACAAUCACUGAUACAUAGAUAUGGUCAUUCUGCUCUUUAUAUAAAGCCAUUUUUACAUUUGAAAGAGCAAGACUCAAUUAAUUAUUUUGAUCAUUAUAUGAAGGAGUUUAGUGUACAAGUUCAUUCAUUUAUUAAUAGUCACAGCUCUAAUGUGCAUAUACAAACAGAAGAAUAACAAUUAUUAAUUAUAACAUGUAUAAAACUAAGUAUUAUCAACAG